AUGUCGGGCCGGUCUGCUGGUGCCAAUAACUUCGUCGAGUUCGUGUGCGCAAGUAUCCAUCAGGGUCCCUCCUCUCAACAUCGCCUCAAUCACCACUUUCCACAGUCUCGUGCGACAGUGACAGAGCAUCGUCAAUCAACAAGGCCGGAAGGAGGAGGGAGACCGAAACCACCAGCGCAGCCGGAAGAGUUCGAGCUUAUCGACUACGCAGGCGCAAAAACCCGUUGCAAAAGUGACGCAGAACAGAUCAAACGGCAAGCCAAGCGGGUGGAAAAACUCCGCCGGCUUAACCAAGCAGACGAGAUGAAAUUCUCACAUAGCAUACAGUUCAAUGCCGUUCCGGACUGGAGCUCUUAUUACAUUGCAUACAGCAAUCUCAAGAAGCUAAUAUACCAGCUCGAAAAGACGAUAUACCGCCCGCAGGCAGAGGAAGAUGUCGAAAGCUCCCCCUUGAUCACUGGCGAGGAUCCUGACCUGGUCUUUCAGCGCGCACUCGAUAUCGAAUUGGAGAAGAUAUCCUCGUUCUACCAUAAGAGAGAGGCUGAGAUAAAUAUCGAAGUAGCAGAAUUCCUGAGGGAUGAGGCGGCAUACCGAGAAGAAAGUCAGGAUCAGUGGGAUGGGCCGGAUCAUUCCAAGGCAAUCGCAAGUGGCCGUGGCGACAGGCAACGCCAGGGCAGCAUGUUUCGAAGUUCAGCUUUGAGACCCAGGAGAGCGAGUACAAUCAGUCAAUCAAUAGACGAAGGUGCUGAGGACAGCGAUGAUGAUGAUGACGACGACGACGACGGAGAGCAUACUGCUUUGCAAAAAUCGAUGUCUACAGGGCAGCGACGUAAGAGCUCACUCUAUGAUAGAAGCUCUGGCCGGCCGUUUACCGGUGACGACAUGCGAUUAUCUGGAGAAUUCAACAGAUCAGGGCGGCGGAACAGUCAAAGCUUUGACGAUUACGCAGAACAGGCUUUUUCGACCUUAUACUCCUCUGCCAUCACUUUAAAGAAACGAGCGAUUAGCCUGUAUGUGCAGCUCUGCGAAUUGAAAUCGUUCAUCCAACUGAAUAGGACGGGAUUCACAAAGGUUCUCAAGAAAUACGACAAGAUAUUGGACCGUCAUCUCAAAACUAAAUACAUUGACAAAUUUGUGAUACCCGCCUAUCCGUUUCAGCCGGAUACUAUCAAGCAUGUCGAGGAGAACAUCCAACGAAUGGAGCAGGCCUAUGCUGAGAUCGUUACCCAAGGGGACAUUUCUCUUGCAAAGCAAGAAUUGAGACUGCACCUACGUGAGCAUGUCGUCUGGGAAAGGAAUACAGUAUGGCGAGAGAUGAUCGGAAUCGAGCGCAAAGCCCAGGCUGCGAAUAUGGGAAUUAGAAGGACGUUGCUCGGCCGAGACGAGGACCCCUCCAAUGCCCGUUUACAGGGCGAUGACCUGGAGGUUUCAGCUGUGAAAGAAUUGUCAACCCCUGUGGGACGGAUCAGGGUUCCAACCUGGCUUUACAGCUCCACGAUGCUCACCCUCAUCGGGAUAAUUGCUAUCUUUUUCAUCCUACUGUAUAUUCCGAUCAUGAAGAAGGUCGAACAACAGAACUGCUUAGCAAUGUUGGUUUUCGUUAGUUUGUUGUGGGCGACGGAGGUUAUUCCCCUCUUUGUCACAUCUCUACUUAUACCGUUCUUAUGUGUGGUCUUGAGAUUGGUACGUUCCGAUGACAUGCCUCACCAUCGACUAGAUGCCGCAGCUGCGACAAAAUACAUCUUUGCGGCUAUGUGGACGCCAGUCAUCAUGUUGCUUUUAGGUGGCUUCACAAUUGCUGCUGCGCUGUCCAAGCACCACAUCGCUAAAAGGAUAGCAACAUUCGUCCUGAGUAAAGCGGGAACCAGACCCAGGACCGUGCUAGUUACGAAUAUGUUCGUUGCGGCGUUUGCUAGUAUGUGGAUCAGCAAUGUUGCGGCACCAGUUCUGUGUUUCUCUAUCAUUCAGCCAAUGUUACGCAACCUCCCGUCUGAUUCCAAUAUGUCUAAAGCUGUUAUCCUCGGAAUCGCUCUUGCCUCCAACAUCGGAGGUAUGCUUUCUCCAAUCGCUUCGCCCCAAAAUAUUGUUGCUUUGCAAAUCAUGAGUCCGCAGCCCUCCUGGGGCGCCUGGUUCUUCGUCGUCAUCCCUGUGGGGAUCAUCUCUAUUCUGCUCAUCUGGAUCAUUCUCCUCUUCACAUUCAAACCUGGCCGAGGUACGACCAUCGUUCCUAUUCGGCCCGUAAAAGAUAAAUUUACUGGCGUGCAAUGGUUUAUCUCCCUGGUCACUUUUGGAACCAUCAUACUCUGGUGUGUAAGUCAUCAAUUAGAAUGGUUAUUCGGCGAUAUGGGCGUCAUCGCCAUCAUUCCUCUUCUCCUCUUCUUCGGAACGGGCAUCCUUACCAAAGAAGACUUCAACAACUUCCUGUGGACCAUCAUUAUCCUCGCAGCUGGUGGUCUUUCCUUGGGUAAAGCCGUCAAUUCAUCAGGUCUUCUCCAUGAAAUUGCUUCAGCUAUUACGGAGAGAGUUGAUGGCUUCUCACUAUAUGGUGUACUUGUUGUAUUCGCAACGUUAAUCUUGGUGGUUGCGACAUUUAUCAGCCACACUGUCGCGGCACUUAUUAUCUUGCCGUUGGUCCAUAGUGUUGGCCUGGGAAUGGAAGAACCGCACCCAAAUCUCCUGGUUAUGGGAAGCGCGCUGAUGUGCAGUGCUGCCAUGGGCUUACCAACCUCUGGAUUCCCCAACAUGACUGCUAUUAUGAUGGAAGACUCCCAGACCGGCCAACGAUACUUGCAAGUUAAGCACUUCAUUAGCCGCGGUGUGCCGUCUAGUGUCGUUACGAUGUUUGUGGUUGUUUCUGUUGGUUAUGGGUUGAUGCGGAUCGUAGGGAUGUGA